AUGAGGGAGAAUCAGACAUGGGUUACAGAAUUUAUUCUAUUGGGAUUCCAACUCCGUCCAGAGAUGCACUUGCUUCUCUUUGGGUUUGUCUCCCUGUGCUAUACUUUAACGCUUUUGGGGAAUGGGACCAUCUUGGGGCUCAUCUGGCUGGACUCUCGCCUGCACACUCCCAUGUACUUCUUCCUCUCACACCUGGCUAUUGUGGACAUAGCCUAUGCCUGCAACACUGUGCCCCAGAUGCUGUCAACAAGAAAAACAAUUUCCUUUAUCUCAUGCAUAAUGCAGAAUUUUCUUUAUAUGACUCUUGGUGAUGCUGAGUGCCUUCUCCUGCUCAUAAUGUCCUAUGACCGAUAUGUGGCCAUUUGCCACCCCCUCCAUUACUCAAUCAUGAUGAACUGGAAAGUAUGUACUGUUCUGGCUGCCUUUUCCUGGGUGUUUGCUUCCAUCCUCUCUCUUACUCACAUUUUUCUUCUUCUGAGGCUUCCGUUCUGUGGGCCUCAUGAAAUCAACCAGUUCUUCUGUGAAAUGUUGGCUGUCCUCAAGCUGGCCUGUGCUGACACUUGGCUCAACCAAGUGGUUAUUUUUGCAGUCUGUGUCUUUAUCCUGGUGGGGCCCCUUAGCGUGGUGCUGGUGUCUUACACACGCAUCUUGAUUACCAUCUUUAGAAUACAGUCAGGAGAGGGCCGGAGAAAGGCGUUUUCCACCUGUUCCUCCCACCUCUGUGUGGUUGGGCUCUUCUUUGGUAGUGCUAUAGUUGUGUAUGUGGCCCCCAAAUCCAGCCACCCUGAGGAACAGCAAAAGAUCCUUUCCCUGUAUUACAGUCUCUUCAAUCCUGUACUGAAUCCUCUUAUCUACAGCCUGAGGAAUGCUGAGGUAAAGGGGGCUCUGAGGAGAGUUCUGUGGAAGCAGAGACUGAUCUGA